AUGCCUGUUGGAACAGUUCUCGUCUGCGGCGGCACGGGCUACAUUGGCUCCUUCACCACACUCUCGCUCCUCGACCACGGCUACGAUGUCGUCAUUGUCGACAGCUUGUACAACUCGUCCAAGGUCGCCGUCGACCGCAUCGAGCUGAUCAGCGGCAAGCGUCCCGACUUUUACCAGGUCGACAUCACCGACGAGGCCGCCCUCGAUGCCGUCUUCCAGAAGCACCCCGCCAUCGACAGCGUGAUCCACUUCGCCGCGCUCAAGGCCGUCGGCGAGUCGGGCGAGAUCCCCCUCGACUACUACAGGGUCAACGUCUCGGGCACGAUCAACCUGCUGCGCGUCAUGAAGAAGAACGAUGUGCCCAACAUUGUCUUCUCGUCGUCGGGCCACGGUCUACGGCGACGCCACGCGCUUCGAGAACAUGAUCCCCAUCCCCGAGCACUGGCCCGCUGGGCCCCACCAACACGUACGGCCACACGAAGCACCAUGGGCACCGCCAUCCGCGACUACAUCCACGUCGGCGACCUCGCCAAGGGCCACCUCGUCGCCCUCAACUACCUGCGCGACAACAACCCCGGCGUCCGCGCCUGGAACCUCGUCUCCGGCCGCGGCAGCACCGUCUACGACAUCUUCAAGGCCUUUAGCAAGGUCGUCGGCCGCGACCUGCCCUACGAGGUCCGCCCCCGCCGCCAGGGCGACGUCCUCAACCUCACCGCCAACCCUGAGCGCGCCAACAAGGAGCUCAACUGGAAGACCGAACAGACCAUGGAGAAGGCCUGCGAGGACCUGUGGCGCUGGGUCGAGAACAACCCCCAGGGCUACCGCCAGGACCCGCCCCCGGAGCUGCUCGCCAACGCCAAGGCCAUUGGCACAAAAUAG